AUGGCUGGCGUGUCCGCCACCACGGCGGUCGCUGCCUCCCUGCCAGCCAACGACAUCCUCUUUGGCCUUUCUAUGAACCCAUCUUCGGUUACAACGAGCCCCGUCUACAAUGCCUCGGCGAGCGGCCAGUUCUUUUUCCCCAAUGCCACCUACGACUACUGCAACGUCACCUUCUCCUACGCACACAAGGGCCGCGGUGACAACGUCAACCUGCAGUACUGGCUGCCCAACCCGGCGAAUUUCCAAAAGAGUUUCCUGGCUACUGGCGUGUUAUGUAUGGUGUAUGGUACGGUUGCCGGUAUCGUGGACGGUGGCUUUCGGGGAUUUGAUAAUUCGCUUGAUACUGUGUUCUUGCUUGCCAAUGGAAAUAUCAACUACGAGGCGCUGCAUAUGAUGGGAUACCGCGGUAUUGGCGAGAUGAAAAUGAUUGGGAAGGAGUUUGCCAAGGCGUUUUACGAUAUGGGUGAUGACAAGGUUUACACGUACUACCAAAGUUGUUCGGAAGGUGGUCGUGAAGGAUGGAGUCAGGCCCAGAAUUACCCGGGUGUCUAUGAUGGCGUUAUUCCUGGUGCACCGGCGAUUCGAUAUGGUCAGCAGCAAGCUAACCACUUCUACUCCAACGUCAUGCAGAAGACCCUGGACUACUACCCCCGCCUUCCUGCAAACUCGAGCGUAUCGUCAACGCCACUAUCUCCGCUUGUGAUCCCCCCCCGACGGAAAGAAAGAUGGCGUGGUCGCCCGGACGGACCUCUGCAGGUUGCAUUUCGACGUAAGCUCUACCAUCGGCCUGUCCUACCACUGCGAUGCCAGCACAGCACCACACUCGCCAUCAACGGAACCGUCUCUGCAAAGGGUGCGGCAGUGGCGCAGACGAUCAUGGAUGGUCUGCAUGAUUCCAAGGGUCGCCGGGCGUACAUCUCCUACCAACCCUCUUCAUCUUUCGCAGAUGCCGAAACGAGCUAUAACUCCGUGACCGACUCGUACGAGUUGAGCAUCGCUUCGACCGGUGGUGAAUGGAUCGCUCGCUUCCUGGAGCUCCAUCAGGCGGAUAACCUGUCUACCCUUGACAACGUGACGUACGACACUCUGCGUGACUGGAUGGAACUCGGCUGGAAGCGUUACAAGGAUGUUCUUCAGACUACCUGGGCGGAUCUAUCCAAGUUCCAGUUUGCCGGUGGCAAGAUCCUUACUUUCCACGGUGAAUCCGACCAAAGCAUUCCCACGGGUUCUUCAGUCCACUUCUACGAAUCUGUCCACGAUACCAUGUACCGGGACAUAAAGUACAAUGGGUCCACUACCGCCAUGGGCGACUGGUACCGCCUCUUCCUUGUCCCUGGUGCAUUGCACUGCGCUACUAAUGACGUACAAGCGAACGGUCCCUUCCCGCAAACUAACCUUGCUGUGAUGAUCAACUGGGUUGAGAAGGUGGUUACUCCGCAGACACUCAAUGCGACUCAUCUUGCAGGUGACUAUGAGGGACAAAAUGCGCCGUUGUGUGCUUGGCCGUUGCGGCCAUACCGGGCGGAUGGUGAGAAGAUGUAUGGUUUUGAUGCGUAUGAUAUGCCGUUGUACUAGGCUGGGGCUGGGGCUAAGAUGGAGAUGCU